AUGCCGCUUUCGCCUCUGCGCUCUUGAUAUUCGCUAUCUCGUAUUCGGCUUCUGAAGGAUUGUGCUCAUCUGGAAUGUGUGCUACGCUUCAUCUUCUGAGUUUCUCUUAGCCUCGCGUGUCUUCUUAUUUGACUGCAUAGGCGGCUCGUGGUUCCCAGAAGACCGGGUUUUCUCGUGCUCUCGUCGAGAUGGUUAAGGUUGCUCAGAGUCACCCACAACACACCGGACCCUCCCAGGAACACUAACCAUAUGGAGUGGUCUUCUUCUAACAUUGGCGAGCGGAGAAGCCGCUGUGCGUCCAUCUCGUCUUCCUCUUCAACCCACGAGGAUGUCGACGACCAAUAUCCGCUCCUGCACUUGAAAACACGAGGGGCCCUGCGGCAGAACUCAGCCAAAGCCCAACAGAUAUUGGGACUGGUGACCGUCACUGGAUUCCGCGGUGUCGUACGCGAGAAGAGCGAUUACCAUAAAUCUCUCACAGGAUUGAGGCCGAACGGGGAAGAGCGGCCGUUGCUUCGACAUCUUCGCUAUCUGGAUGACAGCAGCUCAUUCACGUCAACUGUAUCAUCGCACCGCUCCGUCGAUUACCGCCUUGAGGAAGACUUGGGCACAUGGGAAGGCCAAGAUGGUGCUACCUUGGGACGUGAAGUCCUUGUUGGAACAAGAAGCCAAUCUGGCAGGCGCGACUCGCAACGAAAUUCUUGGAAGGCCCAGCAGAUGCUGGGAUUGAUAGAUCAAUAUCCCCGUGCCCGUAAAAGAGCAUCACUCCAGAGCACAGUUCAGGGACAACGACCACGAUCGGAAGCGAAUUCUGAAAUGCACCCAGAUCUAGAAGAGCUCCUAAGGUUGUAUCAGGACGAUGCCAGCCAGAAAGAAGUUGCUACCGAAUCAGGGCAAAAUCAAUCAGAGGGGAACUCACCUGUCACCGUGUACAAUGAGUGGGAGAGCUCAGGUGGAUUGUCAACACCCCAACGUUAUACAGCAAACGGAUAUAUCAACUUCUCGCGACCACUGUCGCAGCAGUCGCCGAAUUCACUUCGCAGCGAGGCGGCCGGAGAACGAUUAUUCCCUCGAACACCCCACAUCACUAGAGAUGACCUAGGUUUACCUCGCACGCCGUCCUUCGCGAAUACGCUCGUUUUGGCCAAACCGAUCUUUGAAAGGGUUGUGCCCAGUGAGGAUAGGGCAGAAGAUUCGGGGCAUUAUUCGCGCCUACGCCACCUGUCCUCGCUGUGGACUUCGUUACCCAUGUGCAUGGUGCGGCUCGGCAAGAAGGGGUCCAAACCGACUGCGACUGAUAUGGUCGGAAAGGAAGAGGGUGAGGAAAGGAUUCCACUGACAGAAUAUAACUUGAGAGAGUAUGAAGGGCGUGUAGGACCUAGGUCGGGACAUUUCAAUCAAGACGCCCAAGCAAGCCCUCUACCAUCACUAGUAGAAGCGGACGAUUCUCCCUCCUCAAAGGCUCCAACUGGAAUAGAUGAGAAGCUCUUACCGAGUCCACCAUCUUCGUCAACAUCCUGGUAUUCAGCAAUGUCUCCCCCAAGGCCAUCAACCGUUGCGCCAUCUCGGAUUCCAACUCGACCACCGUCAACGACUCCAACACUGCGUUCAGUUGAAGUUAUUGACCGUCAAGUUGACCUUGCCGUAUGCCAGGUUUGUAGGGAAGCCAAAGUCUCUUCCGCAUACCCAAUCCGCCAAUGCACAGCUAAGUGCACGCAUCCUCCGCAUACCUGCAUCGAUUGCGUCCGAGACUGGAUAGCUUCUUGCAUUCGAUACAAAGGCUGGGAUCAAUGCGUUUGUCCGGAGUGUCGGGAGAGCCUGGAUUAUCAGGAUGUGAAAUUCUUCGUUUCAGAGGACCUUUUUCUUCGGUACGACAACAUGGCCGCUCGUGCGGCGCUCUCGAAAAUUCCGGCCUUUUACUGGUGUCUCUCCACUGAUUGUUCGUCCGGCCAGAUACACCCUUGGCCGUUGUCAUCCCAUGCCCCGUUCGUCUGUAUUGCUUGCAAAUACACAUACUGUCUCAAUCACCCUUCGGUUCCUUAUCAUGCUGGACUUAGCUGCGAAGAAUACGACGCUCUUGUGGAUGCGCCAACCUCAGCAUCCAGCACAGGGGAGCACUCUGGUCUGCAAGCGCGGACUGUGCAAGAAAGGCUCGACGAGCAGAUGGCGAGGGAGAUAGGCAGACGGUGUCCGAAUGCCCUUUGUGGGUGGUGGGUUGAGAAGAGCGAGGGUUGCGAUCAUAUCACAUGCUACAAAUGCCAGUUUGAAUGGUGCUGGGAGUGCGGUGCGCCCUUUGCCGUCAUCAAUAGGCGGGGAAACAAGUUUCACAGGAAGGGAUGUCGGUAUUAUGGGUAGGCUCCCUAAAAAGACGGUGAAGGAUAUCAACAACGGCGGCACCCGCACAUAGCCACUGGCUCGUUUGGAUGCCCACGACUGUGAAAGCCAUAACCACGGCCUACGGUUCGCACAAGAGUCUUAGAUCCAGCUUCACACACCUUUGGGCCUGGAGCUGGCGUU